AUGUUCGAGUGGAAUCAUCGCUGAUGUUGUCUCUGUAUGAAGAGACAGCAGUGAAUGUGUCCUAGGUAUAAAUUGCUUAAUCGUGAUUCCGAACAGUUCUCAGGACGCAUUGUAAGCAGUGGCAUGGAGAUUCGUGCCUUCCAACUGUAAGUGAUCAAGCCAAGGAUGUAUUCUUGACAUGAGCGUUCAACAUCUCCUUCCCUCAAUGCAUAUUCGGCGCCAGCAACAGCAAGCAUCUCCAUCAACUGGCUGCACGUCCUUCGUUUUAGCAUCUUCAGGAUACCACAGUCCUUUUCCUUUGUCGACAUCAUCCCAGCGACGGCGUUCUCUAGCCUGCCCCUUCGACUUCGUGCAUACGCGGGCCGUAUCAUGGAUGGAGGACAACACGAAAAAGGGAAAAAACCAGUCUUUACAAUCGAACGAGGAGACCCACCUGGACGUCAAAGAUGGCCGCCAGGCAUGCGACCCCUUUCAGACAUUCGCGAGCUCACCGAGCCAAGCCUGGUCGACGCUCUAGAGAAGAGGUCUAUCAUAAGCGUCCAUCGCCAACCUAGCAUCACUCGGCAAAGCUCGCUCAGGAGGGGCCCUUCUGUGAAGCGCACUAGCUCGGUCAGGAUUAUCGAGCCUGCUGGUAGCUCUAGCUCGAGUUACAGAGAUGAUUUAAUCACGACCGAAUCGACCAUCGACACACCAGAAAGCCUACGCGACGGCUCAAGUCUGUACAGUAUACCUAUCUCUAGCAUACCCGCUCGGCAAUCUUCAAACACUCGCGAUCGUCCCAGACAUCAGCGAAACCAUACAUCAAGAUCGUCUCCUACACCACUCCAACGCAACGUCAGCCGCACCAUUCCAUAUCGUGGGCAGAGCCAUUCUCCAGUCAAGCAGAUUAGAGCUCGCUUGGACGCUGUAGGAUCUGACACGUCGAGAAGAGUGCCGUCCGGUACAUUUAUUCGAAAUCCCGUCCCACGAGACAUCCUCGAGUUUCCAACCCAUCGUCACCCGCGCAUUGGCGCUGAUCUACAGAUAGCAGCCCCGCUGUUCGUUGGCGGCGGUACAGUCGAGGGAUUCGUCAGGGUCAUCGUUGACGAAGCCGACAAAUCACGUAACAAGAAGAGUUUGACUCUAGGAAGAAUAGCCGUUGAUCUCGUCGGGACUGAAGAGACGUCGAGUAAUCGCAAGGCCAUCUUCUUGUCUUUGGGUACUGAGUUGAUUGACUCGACCCAUCCACCACCUCGUAACAUGAUAGAGCCACAAGACUUCCCGGAUGAUGACUGCUUUUGGUCUCUGAUACCCUCCUUCACCAGUCUGCCCUUCGUCAUUAGCCUCCCUCUGGACACCGGACCGCCGCCGUUUCACUCCAAGCAUGCUCGCAUUCGAUUUGUACUGUGUGCUACUAUUCUGAUCAAGGAUGGAGGUAGGCAAUACUUGGUUCGAUGUUCUGAGGAUAUCUCUGUCCUACCAACGUAUGACCCAGAGAAGGCCUUGAGGUCACUGCCGAGCCCACUGACUGCGUCCGAUGAGCAAUCUUUCUCGCGAUCCGGUCUGCUCGAAACAGCCAAGAUGACAGCAGGUCUUCACCGACAAGUAUGGGUCAGCGGUAGCAGUAUCUUCGUAGAUAUCCACAUCGCCAAUGGCAGUCGGAAGACCAUCAAGAAGCUUGACUUGAGUUUAGAAAGGGACAUAUUGUGCUAUCGGCAUGCGGCAGCGGCCACUCUGGAACAGUCUGCCAGUCAAGCUAGGAUAUUUGAAAGCAACGAGCGAUCUAUACUAAGUAAACAUAGCAUGAAACAGGGAGCCAACGGAUGGACUGGUGUAGAAGCAUAUGGUUCCAUCACGAGAACAUGCGACCUCGAGAUCCCAAGAGGACAUGCCACAAUCAAAUGCGGCAACUAUUUUGAAGUGCGGUAUUUCCUCAACAUUACCAUCGGUGGUUCCCGCACGAAAAUGUUGUCAAUUCAGCUGCCAAUCAUUGUCAUUCAUAUGAACUCGUUGGAUGUUUUACCAAACUCCGUUGCACAGGUCGCUGCAGCGAUAGAAGAGAAACGCUCAAACCAUCGCCGCCACAAGCAUUCGACAUCACACGCGUCUUCAAAAGUUGGUCAGACGUCAAACUCGCCAGCACGGACGAUCGUCACUUCCCUUGCCAAACCGUCGCGCCUACAGGGUCGCGCCUUCGCAGCACCAAGACAACAAUCUCUCGAGCGUAUGCGUGCCUCUGCGGCAGAUCUCCGACAACUCGAAGAAGCUUUAGAGUCCUCUCCGCGCAAGCAUCAAGUCUCAAAGCGGCUUACCGAAGUGAAAGCACCUCAGCGAAGCAAAUCUGUCGGAAAAGAGAACGUAAGGGCAGCUAGUACGAGGAUUGUGUCUCGGCCGGCACGAGAAGUACACAAGCAGCCGAGUAAUUUGGCCACGGGUGGGAUCAGUGUUGGGAGCUACACCAUCUUCAGUCAUAACAAUUACGACAACACCAAUACCAGUUCCUCCAACGAUAACGGUAGGAUGGAAUACGUCACCCCUCCCUCAAAGCGCAAAGAGAAGUUCUUCUCGUCUCCGAUCAAAUUGGACGGCAAGAGCGUAGGCUCGGCUCUCAAACACGUCCGCAGCAUCGACAGCUUUCGUAGCCACAAAUCGACAACGAACAGAUGGCGAGAUCAUUUUAGCAAGAAGAAGGAUGGUCAGCCGUCUCGACCUCCACCUCCUGUUCCGGCGACAGAUCUAGUCACGAGCAACAGAUCCAGGAUACAACAACAGCAUUCGUCAGUACCUUUUAUGCUAGGCUUGACGAACCAGGCACCACCCAGACCCCUCAGACGCUCGUUCGAUCAUGAGAUCAGAAACCAAGUCGUCGAGUACACCAGACCACCUGACAAGAGCAGGUUCGAAUUCAAGGCUGUUACGAAGAAGAGCAGUACCAUGGGAUUGAAGAAUUGGCUUGGGGAGAGACUUGGUCGUACGAGUCAUUGACGGGAGGAGACGACAAUAUGAGGCACGAGACUAAAGUGGAAGGUUAGUCGUAAGCCUUUGAUUAGGACAUUGGACGAGUGUAGGAGUAAAAACAGACCUUGACGAGCAACAUGACGAUGACCAUCUUACGACCGACAUUACAUAGCACAACAAUGAAUACACAGAC